GUGACAUACUGUAACUCUCAGCUGUCAUAACACUUGAGAAGUCCAGUUGAGAAGAAACGACAGAACAAAUGUCUCUCUACAGGAAUAUAGUGUGGUUUAUUAAGGGAAUUCGGGAGUAUACAAGGUCUGGAUUUGAGAAUGCCAGUAAGAGCUUUGCAGUAAAGGAUCUCGAAGUGUCCAUGGUUGGACGUCGCUUCAUGAUCACAGGAGCUAACAGUGGAAUAGGGAAGGCGACGGCCAUGGCGAUAGCCAAAAAAGGUGGCACCGUUCAUAUGAUCUGCCGAAAUAAAGCGAGAGCAGACAGAGCAAAAGACGAAAUCAUCUCAGCCUCUGGAAAUACUGAGAUUUAUGUCCAUGUGUUGGAUCUGUCAGAGACGGGAAAGGUUUGGGAGUUUGCAGAGGCCUUUAAGAAGGAUCACCCCUCUCUCAAUGUUCUGAUCAAUAAUGCCGGAUGUAUGGUGAAUCAGAAAGAAAUGAACUCUGAUGGACUUGAGAAAAACUUUGCCACUAAUACUCUUGGUGUUUAUAUUCUGACUAAAUGUUUGAUCCCACUGUUGGAGAAAAGCAGAGACCCACGAGUUAUUACGGUGUCGUCUGGAGGAAUGCUGGUGCAAAAACUCAACAUAGAGGAUUUACAAACAGAGACAGCCCAGUUUGAUGGUACCAUGGUAUACGCACAGAACAAGAGACAGCAGGUUGUAAUGACAGAGUUUUGGGCAAAAGAAAAUCCCAGAAUUCAUUUCUCUGUAAUGCACCCUGGGUGGGCAGACACAACAGCGGUUGCCACGGCGAUGCCUCAGUUUCAUCAGAUGAUGCGAGAGCGUCUGCGUACAGCGGAGGAGGGAGCAGACACGGUCAUCUGGCUCGCUGUCUCACACGCAGCCAAUGCGUUUCCCAGUGGCCUUUUCUUCCAAGAUCGAAAGCCAGUUUCAACCCACCUGCCGCUUGCAUGGACGCACAGCUCGCAGCAUGAAGUCAAAAAGUUCAUGGGCCAGUUGGAGACUUUGGCAAAAGCUGUCAAACCUUCAGAGGCCGUCGUCACAUCUAGUGAUACCUAAACAAACUAUAAGAUGUUUUAAGUUUUAAUAUAAAAAACUAACAGUGAAUUACAAGGUAUAGAUUUUAAUCAGCAUGUGAGUCCACUGAAUUCAAACCCAUGACUUUUUGCAUUACACUGACUCUGUUCUCGCUUUCUCUUUGAAUAGAUUACAAGUCUCUCCAAUCUUCUAACACCUUAAAACAAAUCAAGUGUGUUUUAUUGUUAGCCACUCAUUGUCAAACAGGAAUCACAGGAUCUGUGAUUUUACCUCUUGAGUCAUUUGACUGCAAUGGUUUUGUUAUAAAAUGGAAAAAAAUUAAAUAAACUCCAAAUAACUA